AUGACUGGCGGCGAUCAUUCUUCGAAUAAUACGCCAGUGAAGGAAGAGCAAAACCAGCACAACACCCCACUUCAUAUUACGGCACAUUCUAUAUCUAAUAGUGCCAACACAGACAAUAUGAACGAUAACAAACAUAACGCACAUGCUCUUGGUAAAAGUAGUCAAGGAUUGCAUCCGCCUGAAAAUGGAAACUCUAAUGAAUUUGGGUUAUCUCCGCAGAAUUAUUUUGAUUCGAAUUGGGCAUCCAGUUUGCUAAUGGAUCCAAAUAGCGAUAUAUUGUAUAAUAUGGAUUUCGAUUCUCAGGAGAAUCUAACAACAGCGAACUCGAUGAUUUACCACUCCAAUACACCAACAGAAACCCCCGGUAUUAAUAUGAAGCUGGGACUUGCACCUUCGCAGCCAACGAUAAAUGGAGUGGUACCUCUAGAACACCAAGUGCCUCAGAUUUCCCGUCCAGCAUCAAACUUUGCACCUAAGUCACAACAAGAAUAUAUUCAAGCACAACAGAGUAUUCCACCUCAACAACAGAAUAUUCCACCUCAUCAACAGAAUCUUCCACCUCAACAACAAAAUCUUCCACCUCAACAACAGAAUCUUCCACCUCAACAACAGAAUCUUCCACCUCAACAACAGAAUCUUCCACCUCAACAGCAGAAUCUUCCACGUCGACAACAAAAUAUUCCACCCGCACAACAGACUAAAAGUACUAAGCAACGACGUCCGUGUGAUCACUGUAGACGAAGAAAGACUAAAUGUGUGAUUAUUCCUAAUACAAAUAACUGUGCACAAUGUGAAUCUAAGUCGUUAACAUGCACCUAUGUUGGACUGGCAUUGAAGAGGAAAACUGGUUAUGACUCUGAUGGUGAUUCUAAAAGACUUAAAACUACGAAUGAGAAAACAAGGGAAAAUAAACUUGGUAACGAGCAAACAAAUCAAGUCAUGGGCCCCAUCCAAGUUGAUCGUUCCACAAUAGUAGCCCCAAAUGUUCCAAUAAGAGAUGUUGCCCCAGUUCGCGAUUAUUCCUCGAUUAACAACUCAUUGUUACAAAAAACGUUGUCUCUACAAUUCCCCAGGUCUAGUUUUUAUGUUGGCCCAACAUCAUAUUUAUAUGAUAUAAAUUUAUUAAAUUUGAUAAUUGAUUCACAAAAUAAUGCUAAUGGUACUAUAAGUAACAAAGGCAAUACUUCAAACAACGGUUCUGGUAAAAUCGAGCAAGUAAAUUUAAGUAAUUCCACUUCUUUAAGAAAAGUCGGCGAUAACGCACAAUUUAUAUUGAAAGAUGAUCAAUCUCCUCGUUCAUAUCAAAAUAUGUCUAAUGACGUAGACACUGUUGAAAAAUUUGUUGCUCCUCAUGGUCAAAUAUUGAUUGAUUUGUAUUUUCGUAUAAUACAUCCUUCAUACCCAAUACUCCAUAAAAAAGUGUUUUUGGAAAAAUAUUCUAGAACUCAUAGAGAGUUUAGUGCACCACUAUUAGCUGCAGUAUAUGCUUUAGCUAUACAAUGGUGGGAAUACGAUCCUCAAUUGAAUAAAUUUCCUAAGCCUAAUGUUGAUUUAAUUUUGAAAGUUGGUUUGAAUAACUAUUUACUUGAAAUCUUGAAAAGACCGAAAUUGAGUGCUGUGCAGGCCGGUUUGUUAUUACUUCAAUGUAAGCAUAUUAUUCAAAGUAGUAAUGAACAAGAUACAGCAGUAAAAAAUUCUGCUAAUACAAAUUCUCCAGCCCUGACAAGUGAUUCACAUUAUAGUGAUUGGGUAUUAUGCUCUCAAGUUAUAACAUUAGCUGAAGAAUUAGGAUUGGGUUUAAAUUGUAAGAAUUGGAAAUUACCUAAAUGGGAAAGAGGCUUGCGUAAGAGGUUAGCUUGGGCAGUUUAUAUGGAAGACAAAUGGCUUUCAUUAAAAAAUUCCCGUCCAUCACACAUUAAUGAACUUAAUUGGGUUGUUGUUUCUUUGAUAGAUGAGGAUUUUCCCGAGAAGCAUGGUGAUGGUGACUUGAAAGAAGGUUCUUCAGAUAUUGACAAUGGAAAGAAAAUAUUCAUGAAUUUAAUUAAUUUGACGAUGAUCCUAUCCGAUAUUUUAGACAAAUUUUAUUCGAUGAAAGCUAUGGCCGAAAUUAAUGAUAUUGCGCAAGUUUUACAAAUUGCAAAACCACUUCAACUCAGGUUGCGUAACUGGUAUCACUCAUUACCUGUUGACUUACAAAUGAGUUCUGUACAGCCAAGGAAAUUAUGUUCAAACGGAUAUUUGCAGUUAGCUUAUUUUGCUACAGAAUUAACAUUGCAUAGAAAAAUAAUCACUACAAUAUUUGUGCAAUCUUUGGCAGGUAAUCCACCUCCAAAGGAAUUGGUUGGGGUAUGCCGGACUGCAGCGAAGACUAGAUUAUCAGCUUCAAUUGAAUUUGUCAGGGAUUUAAAGCCUGAGCAUAUGCAUUCUUUUUGGCAUUCUUCUUCGUCUUCGAAUUUUACGUUAAUUUGCACUUUUGCUGCAAUUUUGUACAUGACUUCGUCAAAUAAGGAGGAAUCUGAUUUCUAUAAAGACCAAAUCUUCAAUUAUAGAUGGAUAUUGAAAAUAUCUUCCAAAGGAUUCGACCGUAUAUGCGACGUAUUGUCGGAAUUAGACACAGUUUUGAAUCAUAUUCCUGGCUUGUUAAAUGAUAAUUCAGACUUGCCUAUGAUGGCUCCCAAUGAAUCAGCUAGUGGAUAUAGCCAUUCUCAAAUCCUGCAAGAUAUCCCAGCCGGUGCUUCGCAGUUCUCAUUCAGGGAUACGUCGCUGUACUUAAAUUUUAAUAGGCCUAGUUCCAUGAUGUAUAACAAACAAGACUUCGAUAAGAAUAGCAAUAACAAUGAUGAAAAUAACAGGAUGAGAACGACCCAUCAACAAUAUACUAAUAGGCAAGGAGAUGAUUAUGACUCGCCUUACGAAUCACAUCUGAAUCAUUCAUCUACACCAUAUUCAAACCAGGGACAGCAUCAUCUGCAAAAUGGAAAUCAGAUUUCCUCAGUCCAGCAUCAAGUACAGGAUCUAUCCCCUAAGACAAUGAUAAAGCACCAACUACCAUUUGGCUCAGAAAACGAGCAAAGAGCUAUAUCAGAUAACUCCCCUGUUGAUCACCAUACACUUCACAAUAUGAAUUCUAACAUGGAUAACAUUCAUGUCACACACACAUCUAAAACUCAUAACAUCUCUCCUACAAAUAAUGAUGGAAUUAAGUCUGAUUUGAAAUCAGAUAAGGAAGAAAGAAAGUGA